UUAUCUAAAUUAAUUGCCUCUUGGGUUGCGUUCUCUCGUCAUGGAAAACUUCUUUUUCCAGUUCAAACCAUGUAGGUUGAAAUGAGAAAACAAAAGCAAAAACUACCCCCCACACCCAAAAGCCCCUCUGUCCGGAUUUCCAAGUGGACCCAGGAGAGCGUUAGAGGUCUGAGAAAGGCUGAUGAUCAUCACUGCAUACCAUACAUAGGUGGAGGGCUUGUUAUUCUCAGUUUCCCACCUAUGAGAGGAUACUCCUAUUGUUUCUGAAAGUGCUGACCAGGACCCACACUUCCAGCAAAAAUUCCUCUAUCCCUACAGCGACAGCAAAAGCAGCAGCAGAAAACAGCAGCAGAAGCAAUGGCCACAGAUAAGUGUUUUGAUGUACUGCAAGAUGGAUAGGGCUUGCAGUGCCCCCAGCCCUGCUGAUACCACAUGCCUUUAAGAUACAGCCUUUCCCAUCCUAAUCUACAAAGGAAACAGGAAAAAGGAACUUAAAACUCCCCGUGCUCAGACAGAAAUGAGACUGUCACAGCCUGCUUAUGUGCUGUUCCUUCUUGCCUUUAACUUGUAAACAAGACCUGGUAGAACAUGCGAAUGGAAAGUCACAAAUCUCUGGGUUUUUGAAAGGCUCCUUGGGACCUCAUGCAUAGCUGUGGAAACUGGAUGGAGAGAUCUGGGGAAGCAUGGACUCUUUAGCUGGCUUAGUUCUCUAUGGAGUCAGCUUGCUCCUUUCUGGAGCCGUGGAAGGUGCCAUGGACCUGAUCUUGAUCAAUUCCCUACCUCUUGUAUCUGAUGCUGAAACAUCCCUCACCUGCAUUGCUUCUGGGUGGCACCCCCAUGAGCCCAUCACCAUAGGAAGGGACUUUGAAGCCUUAAUGAACCAGCACCAGGAUCCACUGGAAGUUACUCAAGAUGUGACUAGAGAAUGGGCUAAAAAAGUUGUUUGGAAGAGGGAAAAGGCUAGUAAAAUCAAUGGUGCUUAUUUCUGUGAAGGGCGAGUUCGAGGAGAGGCAAUAAGGAUACGGACCAUGAAGAUGCGGCAACAAGCUUCCUUCCUACCAGCUACUUUAACUAUGACUGUGGACAAAGGAGAUAAUGUGAACAUAUCUUUCAAAAAGGUGUUGAUUAAAGAAGAAGAUGCAGUGAUUUACAAAAAUGGUGAGUAUGUUUUAUUUCCUUCCAAUACCUCAGUGUGAGACAUCAGAUAAACCAAAACCAAACUCGGUGCCAUUGAGUCGAUUUCAUCUCAUAGUGACCUUAUAGGACAGAACAGAACUACCUCGUACGGUUUUCCCAAGAAGCAGCUGGUGGAUUCAAACUGCUGACCUUUUAGUUAACAGCUGAACUCUCUUAGCCACUGUGCCAACAGG